AUGUCAGUCUCAUCCCCACGAACUCAGCAUCCAGGAUAUGAUACCAAUGGCGAAUUGCUGGAAAGUAAUUCAACUUCAAGAUCUCGACACCUCAGCAGAGACCAAUCUUCUGAACUGGAGGUACCAAAUUUACCUAAUUCAAUUAGUAGAAAAUCAUCUUAUCAAGCAGUCCCUUUGGUGAGACCACAUACUCUUCCUCCCGUACCCGCAGCACCAAAUGAUCAAGAAAGUUCUGCGGUCAAGGUUCCUCCUGAAACAUCAUUCCUAGAAGCUAUUAACGUAUUUAAGUUCACUUCACUAUCAUUAGAAAAUAAAGCUAGUGUGGCUCGUGAUCAUUUGGCAAAUGAACGUACAUUCCUUGCUUGGUUGAGAACAUCACUUUCAUUUAUCACUAUUGGCAUUGGUGUUACCCAAUUAUUAAGAUUGGAAGACAAAUCUAGUUCCGUCAGCGUCAAUGGAGCUGUAUUAAUUCUCACACCAGAUGACACAUCUGCAAGCAUUUAUAAAUAUGGUAAACCAUUAGGUUCAAUUUUCAUAGUAUUGGGGAUUAUAACAUUAUUGUUUGGAGUUGUAAGAUUCUUUCAAGUUCAAACAAUGUUAACAAAAAAUUAUUACCCAGCUUCUAGACUUUCUAUUUUAAUUUUAAUAACUGCAGUAUUAAUUGUCAUAUUAGUAACAUUUUAUAUGGUAAUAAAAUCUACAACUUGA